CCGCCCCGCCCCGGGCCGCCGCUUAAAGCGCCGCGGUCCCGAGCGCCGCCGCUCUCCGUGUGUACCGGAGCGCUGGGCGGACAGCCUUAGGGGGCACCAGCCGCGACCUGAGUGACCCCGGGAGGAGGAUGCUGGGGGAGCCCCUGGGAAGCCCUGCCUGGAUCCUCCUGCUCUGCUGGGGCUUGGCUGCUUGCUGCACAGGUGCCAUGGCCUUGCAGCCACCCAGCAUCGCCAUCCUGCAGAUGCCAGCAGAGCUUCCUCGCCCAGGUGAGAGUGUGACUGUGUCAUGUGAAGCACUGAGUGAGCUUCCAGAGUUGACGCUGCUCUACUGGCUGGAGAACAGCUCCUUCGUGGAGAGCCUGCACCCGGACGGGGCUGUGCGUGAGGGGACAGUGCAGGAGGAGCGGCAGGGCUCGGGCUCGGUGCUGCGCCGUGACCUGCACUUCAGCUCCUUCGACAACCAGCACCUGCACACCAACUUCACCUGCGUGGUGCUCAGUCCCCUUGGUGUCGACACCAGGGAGGUGCGAUGGCCGUCCCAAGCACUGGCCCCUGUCACUGGGAAGAGUGGGGGCUUGGGCUGAGAUGGGGGAACAACUGCUGUGCUGGGUGAGCACCCUGCAGUGCAGCUCCCUGCUCUGACAGCCCCACACCGCUGCAUGUACAUGUGAUACCUCCCGGGAGGCUCAUCUCUGUGACCUGCUUUGGGAACUGCAUUGCCCUGUGCUGGCCCUACUGUGAGUGGGGUCCUGGUGUCCCAAGCUGAGUCAGGAGCACUGCCUGGGCUGGAACCAGCUUUUCCCAUAGCUGGAUCUGAGACCCUAGAGUUUAUUAAAGUACAUCAAGGCUGCCCAGUGUCACCUGCAUCCUGGGGAUGGUGCUGCCCAGGGGUGUAGAGGGCACCUGUGGGAUGAGGAGGGAGGGAGAGGAGGUAGCCCUGGUGCCCGUGAAGGGCGGGAUCCAUUCCUCACCUCCUUCCUGCCUGGUGAAGGGCUCGAGAGCUACAGUCAGUCUCAGUUCUGCCCAGGCCGUGCCCUGCCCUGGAGGAGAGGGUGGGUGGAGAAGCCAUGGGCUGCAGGCACCAUGGAAGACGGGGCCAUCACAUCCCUCUCUGCACCUGGGGGAAUUGGGGCUGUUUCUCAGCAUGGCAUUGCUGAGUCCCAUCUGUUGCUGCUCCAUGAGGCGGCCACCGUAACCAUCCUGUGCUGGCAGGCCCCUGCUCUUGUGUCCCAGUCCCCUUCUGGCUCCCACAAAUGCUUGUGGGGGCUGCAACCCCCCUGGGCUGUGGGACAGGCUGUGGAACAGAUCCCGAACCCCUCUGGGCUAUGGGCAUCACACUUCAGGAUGCCCAGAAUGUGGGUGGGAUAGGGAUGGGGGGGGAUGGAGAAGCCUGCAGAUGCAGCCCCUAUGAGCUGCCCUCAGCCAGAGAGCCACAGGAGCCCCCUGGGGACACCCCAGUCCCACAGUGACUCUUAGGAGCCAGAAGAAGGCAAGUAGUGGAGCACCCCCUAGCCUGGUUAAUUCCAGCCUCCAUCCCUGGGAGAGCCUCUCACAGACCCCACACACAGCUGCAUCCUGACACCACAGCUGCCGCUCAGCAAAAGCUCAGCCAAUGUCCUGGGGAAGUGUCUGUUGAUGUCCAGAAGCCAGGUGUCUCUUUGGAUGAAACAGGAAUGCCUUGUCCUGCUGUGAUGGAGAUAACAUUCACGUCACUGCCCUCCUGUGAUGCAGGAAAUUGUUGUUGUUGUUGUUGAUCCUCCAUGGCUUGAGUGCUGAUGUCCUGUCCAAUGUGUGUUGUGCCUUGGCUUGACACGUCCAUUUUUCCUGGAAUGAUGACUAUUGUGUCUUGCUCUUCUUCUGCAAGGCACGCUUUGAGAGCCUCAAUUGAUCGUGGACGAUUCUGUACAUCCUGUGCUGUCUUUUUUGGAGGUUGGCAGCCAAAGGCGUUGCCACGAGCGCCUUGGGCGCCGGUGACACCUCCGAGAGUUGGGACCGGGGUAAAGUGGAACGAAAUGGCCCCUCCAACCCCCCUUCUCCCACCUCAGGGAUACACAGAGGUGUAAGAAAUUCAUAAAAAGACAUGUCCUCUUUAUCAUCUUUACCAAUAAGGAAUUUUAAACGUGGAAGCCGCUGUGUUUCGGGGUCCAUUUCCUUUAUUUCCUCCUUCCCCUCCCCGUCUCCUCUCCCGCUUCACCCUCCCUCUCGGAUUUAUCUCUGCCCUCCCCAGAGUGAGUUAACUUUCCCCCGAGCCUUGGUAGGGUGAUGAGUUUCAGGAGACUUCUCCAGAAAUCCACUUUCUGGGAUGGCAGACUCCUGCUCUUCUUCCCCCGGGGAAAAAAUCUCUCAGGUGUCUGAGGAUUAUUUUUUGUGAUAUGUAGCAGUUUGCAAAUAUUUUGCAUCAUAUGUAACUUGAUAGAGCGCUCUAGAAGCCGCAAACAACACUGCUGCAUUUGGAUCGUGGGCUACCACGUCCUCAUAUAGCUUGAUAUCAUCUGCCCAAAACCAGGGUUGAAAUAAAUCUUUCUCUUUAUCAAGAGAUGGGUAAUUUUCCUUUGCCCAAAGCAAUAAAUUUUCAAAAUCCUUUUUGUCCACUUUUAAUUAGUGCUGUUUCACUAGGGAUUCUAAUUUUUGGGGUGUGUCCAAAACACUUUUGGCAAGAUUCCCUCUCAUUUUUGUCACCUUCAGGGCUUACCGAAUUUGGAGUUCAGCUCUUGAGAUUCACCCAGCAGAGCUUGGGAUGUGACUCCUGUGGCCACCAGGAACUGAGAUGUUGAAUGGCUGAGUCUUUUCACCUCUGGCUCUCUUCCAGGGACUUCGUGGGGUGAUCUGUGAAGAGCUGGAUUUUCCUCACAGUGGGGCACCUGUUGUGCAUUUGUGGGUCCCACGUUGGCCAAAUCCCCCGGGGGCUCCCCUGGCAGGGGGAGACCCUCCUGAAGCAGUUCUGUGCCAGGAAAAGCAGACCCACAGGACAUUUUUGGUCUUCAGGUUCUUGUUUUACUGUUAUUUUAUCAAGACUUCAGCACACUGUCUGCACCCAGACCUUGCAUGCCCAAAAACAGCACAAAAAUGGCCAACAAACUCAUGCUACAAGGUCUUUUUAAGUCUAAUCAAAAACUAAACCACCCAUUUAAGAAGUGACACCUAGAUUAUUUCCCUUUAUAACCCAAUAACUGACCCUUAAAGACCCGCAAUGCGGAUUUUUCUGUCAAAUUACAAGACAUCAGCCAAACCCAAGAAAAAGAAGGAAGAAGAAGGAAUAAGAAUGGAACUUAAGACAACACCUGUACCCUCCAUCUUGUGCCUAUCUACAGUAUGUUAAAAAUCUUAAAAUCUAAAUUUCUCACCCAUGUGACAUACUAAACUACUCUCUACAAUUUCUACAAUGUAUUUCACAUUUUUGUGGUCUCUAGUUUACUUUGAGGCUUAGGAGGCCUUCUCCAUAAAUGAGGGUCAAAGUCAGAGUCAGAGCACCCCAGGGCAGACAAGGAUAUUCCCCCUGCCCUGGGUUCCCACAGUAACAUUUGGAAGAAGGGGCAGCAAGUCAGGAAACCAACAAAGAUGUAAUGAGGCAGAGAGAAAAUGAGAAGAAUGGAAGCCCAUCUGGCUACUGCUGUAAAAUACAAUAAAACAAAUGUUUCUAUAAAUACAUUAACCACAAAA